AGCAGAGCCCCGCGUUCAGGGCGCCCCGUGUGGCGAGCGCGCGGCAUGUCGCAAGGGCCCCCCGCGGGCGGCGUGCUGCAGAGCAGCGUGGCGGCGCCUGGGAACCAGCCGCAGAGCCCCAAGGAUGAUGACAGGAAGGUUCGAAGAAGAGAGAAAAACCGGGUUGCAGCUCAGAGGAGCCGAAAGAAGCAGACACAGAAGGCUGACAAGCUUCACGAGGAACAUGAGAGUCUGGAGCAGGAGAACUCUGUGCUGCGCAGGGAGAUCGCGAAGCUGAAGGAGGAGCUGCGGCACCUGAGUGAGGCGCUGAAGGAGCACGAGAAGAUGUGCCCGCUGCUGCUCUGCCCGAUGAACUUUGUGCAGCUUCGGCCAGACCCCGUGGCCAGCUGUCUGCCACGAUGAUGCCCCAGAUCACCCCUCUUUUAUCUGGCUCGGAACCUUGGUUUGCACACUCAGGAGUUUCUCUACACAUCUGUGUCCAGGGGUACGCGUGGCCCUGCCGCUCCAGGGAGCUGUGGGGCUAGCCUGGGCUCAGCAUUGUGCUCUGGGGCACCUGACUUCCGGCCUCAGCGUGGUGGGGCGGAUCCAGAGGCCCCAGUGAGAAGGCCCUGUGAGUCGCUCCCCCCUCACUUUGGCAGCUAGCCCGUCCUGUCCUUAGGCAGGGUCUUUUCAUCUAGAAUUUGGAAAAUAAAGAUUGUUACCG